GGAAGCUUCUCCUUUCUUAGCUCAGGCUGUAGGCGGUCGAAGCCUGACCCAAGACAGAAGCUCGAGGCCAGAGGGAAUGGCCCCUGGGACCCAGAGGACUUCAUCCCAGAUAGGUGUGACAUUCAAGGACGUUGCCGUGUUCUUCAGCCAGGAGGAGUGGUGCUCCCUGGACCCUUCACAACAGAAGCUGUACAAGGAUGUCAUGCUGGAGAUCUCUCAGAACAUGCUCUCCCUGGGGCUUCCAGUUCCCAAAGCAGAUUGGAUCUCAAAGUUGGACAAAAGAGAAGCACCGUGGCUGCUGGAACAUAAGGACCCAAGGAACUCCUGUCUAGGCAGAAGGAAUAGACCUAAAACCCAGAACUCUACUCCAGAGCUCAAUAGUUCCAGUGACUUCAAUUUGAGAAAAAUCAAGGGACGUGAAAUUAAUUUAGAAAAACAGCAAGACAACUUGAAGAGUCAUUCCAGAAAAUUAAAUAUUAUCCUCAGGAAAACUCCAAGGGAAAAGGAAGAUGAUGAAUGUAACAAAUCUGAGGGUAGUUUUACUCCACAGUCAACCGAUAAAAGUAAUCAGCUGGAAGCGAACCCAGAUCUUACUGAAGAUCAGAAAAUGCCGAGUGCCGAAAAGCCUUACAGAUGUAAUGAAUGUGGGAAGACCUUCAGUGGAAUCUCAUACUUUAAUGGACACAAGAAGAUUCAUGAUCCAGAGAGAUCUUUCAUCUGUAAUCAUUGUGGGAAGGAUUUCCCAAGGCCCUACAAACUUGCUGUACAUCAAAGGGUACAUACUGGAGAGAAGCCUUAUAAGUGUAAUGAAUGUGGAAAGUCCUUCUCCCAGAGCUCAUCCCUUACUCUACAUCAAAAGAUUCACAGUGGAGAGAAGCCUCAUAAAUGUAAUGAGUGUGGGAAUACUUUCAGCCAGCGCUCAACACUUAUGGCACAUCAGAAGAGACAUACCGGAGAGAAGCCCUUUCAAUGUAAUCAGUGUGAGAAGGCCUUCAGUCGGAGAUCGAGUCUCAGUGUGCAUAAGAGGAGUCAUACGGGAGAGAAGCCCUAUCCAUGUAAGGAAUGUGGGAAGGCCUUCAGCCAAACCUCAACCCUUACUGUGCACAAAAAGAUUCACACCGGAGAGAAGCCGUAUAAAUGCAACGAAUGUCAGAUGACCUUCAGGGAAAGCUCAGCCCUUAAUGUACACAGAAGAUUACAUACUGGGGAGAAACCUUACCAAUGUGAUCACUGUGGAAGGGCCUUCAGCCAGUCCUGCAGCCUUGCUGUCCACAAGAGAAUCCACACUGGAGAAAAACCUUAUAAAUGUAAAGAGUGUGGCAAGGCCUUCUGUGAGAGCUCAUCUCUUAGUACUCACCGGAAGAUUCACACUGGAGAAAGGCCUUAUAAAUGUGAUGAAUGUGGCAAGGCUUUCAGCCGCAGUAAAACCCUUCACACACAUCAGAAGAUUCACAGUGGAGAAAAACCUCAUAAAUGUGAUCAGUGUGGAAAGUCCUUUCACUCUAGCUCAUACCUGGCUGCACACAAGAAGAUUCAUACUGGAGAAAAACCCUAUAAGUGUAAUCAGUGUGAGAAGGCCUUUCACUGCAGCAACUACCUGACUGUCCACAAGAAGAUUCAUACUGCAGAGAAGCCUCACCCAUGUCAUCAAUGUGGAAAGGCUUUCAGAACUGCCUUGAACCUUGUUGUCCAUCAGAGAAUCCAUACUGGAGAGAAACCAUAUCAAUGUAAUGAAUGUGGGAAGCUUUUCACCCAGAGCUCCAGCUUUGCCUUACAUCAGAGAAGUCAUGCUAGAAUGAAACCUUACGAAUCUAAUUAAUUUGCUUAUCAAGGACUUGAUGACACAGAAAAUGCAUUCAUCAGAUAAAUCCAUAUGAAUAGAGUUAUGUUUUUCCCUCUUUUUUCAUCAGUGCAGAAAGGAGGAAGAAGCAGUUGGAACUUUCUAUUUCCUGUAGUUGGGUACAUGAGAGAAUCAUAUAAAGACA